ACUUUCUCGCACACAUCCUCCACGCUCACCACAUCGAAUUCUCAGCGAAACUCGUCACGAAACUUGCCAUCAUGGAUGAAGAACAAUCGCAGUCUGGAUACGAGGACGGCCUCGCUGGCGGUCCAGGUGCACCAACGCCGCUGACAACACUCGAGGGCAUCAAUGGCUUGACCAAGCGAGAUAUCUCCCUCUUCGUCGAAGCCGGCUACAAUACAGUCGAGAGUGUAGCAUACACUCCCAAGAAGCUGCUCGAGACCAUCAAAGGCGUUUCGGAACAGAAGGCCACGAAGAUCUUGACCGAGGCAAGCAAACAUGUGCCUAUGGGCUUCACUACCGCCACUGAGAUGCACGCACGACGGUCAGAACUCAUUUCCAUCACUACUGGCUCAAAGCAACUCGACACUCUACUUGCAGGUGGUAUAGAGACAGGGAGCAUUACGGAACUCUUCGGGGAGUUUAGAACCGGAAAGAGUCAGAUCUGUCACACUUUGGCAGUGACAUGCCAGCUCCCUUUUGAUAUGGGUGGUGGCGAAGGCAAAUGUCUCUACAUUGACACCGAAGGCACAUUUCGACCGGUCCGCCUGCUUUCUGUCGCAGAUCGAUACGGUCUGUCGGGCGAAGAAGUACUGGACAACGUUGCAUAUGCUCGCGCAUACAACUCGGACCACCAGCUUCAGCUUCUCAAUCAAGCCGCUCAAAUGAUGACAGAGACGAGAUUUUCUCUGCUCAUCGUAGACAGUGCGACUUCACUAUAUCGGACAGACUUCAUGGGACGUGGUGAGCUGUCAAAUCGACAAACGCAUCUAGCAAAGUUCAUGCGCAUCCUCCAGCGACUCGCAGACGAGUUCGGCAUUGCGGUCGUCAUCACAAACCAGGUCGUGGCUCAGGUGGAUGGCGGACCGUCGGCCAUGUUCAACCCUGACCCCAAGAAGCCAAUCGGAGGAAACAUCAUUGCCCAUGCGUCCACGACACGGCUGUCAUUGAAGAAGGGACGGGGAGAAACCAGAAUAUGCAAAAUAUACGACUCUCCUUGUCUGCCCGAGAGCGACUGCAUGUUUGCCAUUACAGAGGCAGGCAUCAAUGAUCCUCAGCCGAAAGACCUGGAGAAGGAUUGAUGCGCGAAACCAAAUGAGGCGCGGUUUACGUGCCGAUGAUGGCCGCGUGCGCCGGACCAGCCGCGUCUCCUUCACGAUUCAUGUCCCUUUCGUUCUUACAUGUACAUAGUGUAGAUUGUUGUAUGAGACGCCCUAUCGGCAUAGCUGCCCGAGUAGUGGUAGCUGCAAUCAAAUUUGA